GUAAAUUAUAAUUAUUAACGUAUGUCUUAAUAACAUUUAAAAUGCACUUGUUAACCAAAUCGAUUAGCUUAAACUUUUAGAGAAGAUCCUGGGUUAAUUGAGAAAUUAAAGGAGAGAUAAAUGGAAUUAGAGGAGAAAUUAUUAGAUUUUGAACAUAAAAAGGGUAAUUUAGAGAGAGAAAAUUUGAUGUUAGAAGAGAAUAUCAAAUUAGAAUCUCAAGGUUUGAAAGGUUAAUUAUAUUUAUUAAAUAUUAGAAAACUAAGUGGUUCAAUAAUAAUUAACUGAAGAAUUGAGAAAUCAUAAAAUUUUAUCUUAUAAAAAAUAAAAUGAAGUGCAUUUAUUAAUAUAGCAUGUACAUGAAAAUGAAGCAGAAAAAAAGGUUUUGUAAUAUUUCUAUAUUAGUAAUUAAUGAAUGAAAUUGAAUUUUUUAAAUAAUAGCUUCUUCACACAAAUGAAACUCAAUAUUAAUUGGCAAAAAAGGAAGAACAUAUAAAAUUAUUAACAAAUCGAAUAUCUGAACUGGAAUAGAAUAUAGCUUAAGUUAAAAGAGACGCUUAUUAUAAAUGA